AAAGUGCAACGUGCUGAUUCUUUAUAUGUACUUCUGAAUGCUUGGACCUGGUGUGACUACAUAGCCUGAUAUUCAUUUCAUAAAUGAUGGAAAGAAGAUUGGGACAACAUGUAUAUUUGAUUCCCAGAACCCUUCCCUUUAUGCAACUCAAUGCUAUGUCCUCAUUCUCAGCUGGCCAUGGACGCCGACCCAAGAAGAAGGUAUAUCACCGUGAACCUGGUCUUGACAGGGCCAUGGAUCUUCAAAAGAAGCCUGCCCUUCUCCUUUGUCUGUGUGACCUCAUUUUGGCACAAAAGACAGGAUCACUACUUGUGCGUGACCUUGAAAAGGAGGUUGGUUUUGUCCAAAAAUGGAACUUUCUUUCACUUAUCGAGCGUCACCCUAAUAUCUUCCAUGUCUCUGGUGGAAGUGCUUCCCAAGAGCCCAUUUCUGUCACACUUACGGAGAAGGCCAGAAAGAUAUCCAGUGAAGAGGCUGAAGCGCGAGAGCUAAUGGAGCCAAUCUUGGUGAGAAACCUUAGGAAGUUACUGAUGAUGUCGAUGGACUGCCAGAUUCCUCUGGAUAAGAUUGAACUAAUCCAGUCUGAACUGGGCUUACCUAACAACUUCAAGAGAAACUUGAUUCCAAGGUACCCUGAUUUUUUUUUCAAUCCGUGAUGUGAAGGGACUGGACCAUUUAUGUCUGGA